AUUCGCGAUCGGUCCACCGUCGAGGACGCUUCGACCGUCCCGCCAUCCUCAGUGUACGUUUCUAUAUGCGGUUUGGGAGAGCAUAGGAGGCAUCAAACAGGACCUACAUUAUUUGUUUCCCCCCUAAAGGGGACGCGGAAUUGAGAAACAUACGCUAGAAACGUUAUAAGGCUGUGAAAGGGACUUUUCGGGGUAACAAGGAGGUUAAAACAGGGUAAUGGAGGUGAACGGUGGAGUUGUGGUGGAAGAAAAGGGUGCUCCACCCCCUCCGAGUCCGCUAACAGGAUGCUACUUGCUCGUGGUGGUCGGGGAACCCCAUACCGAGGAGCAUAAAGAUAUUAUACUGCAGAGGAUAGCUAAGGGAUUGUUAUCGUGGGAUGUGAACGAUUGCCUCGUAAAUUUGGAAAAAGAAUUGUCCAUCAUAACCGAGCAAGGUUUGGAAGGAGAGGAGGCAAGAUACGGUGAACGUUUGAUACAGUUUGCUUCAGAGAAUCUAGUGACCGAGAUAUUGAUUCACCCAGCAGUUAGUACGCUAUCACAGUGCGUUAGGAACUUACUUAGUAGUUUUACUAGGCAUAGACACAUCAUCCAUGCAGGAUACACUUUCCAAGGAAAUGGUUCCUGGGCCUUACAGGAUGGUACAUUUUCUUAUACUGAUUUUUCCGAGGCUUUCCAAGAAAUCGAGGUGCAGCGUGUGAUUCACGCUUACGAGAAUGGAAUAUCCAUACAUCUGCACUGCAGUCCAGAGGGAGAGUGGACCAGAAUGCCAAAAGAAUCGUUUGCCAAAGCUUGCAAGGUCCGAGUUAAUCCUACGGAUGUGCUGACCACUGGCUCACCGGCUAUCUCCAACUUUGUCAAAUACUUGUCUCCAUUCCUGUUGCCCACAACUUUGGAGACUAUUCUGGAAAGUUCCGAUGUUGUGGGUAAUAUUCGGUUUUCCAGGCCGACGUUGUACGUGUUUCCAGGUGGUCAGGGUGAUGCUGCUCUCUUUGGCAUAAACGGCUUCAACAUGCUUUUGGACGGAGGCUAUUCACGCAAAGCAUGCUUCUGGGACUUCGUACGACAUUUGGACAGGUUGGAUGCUGUUCUAGUGUCCAGACUGAACAACAGCAGUGUCAGUGGAAUCAGUUCUGUACUUCAAAGAAAGAAACAAGGUGCUGUGUAUCCACAGAUUGGACAUUUCUUCUGUAACAUUCAGGAAAGGAAAUCGCUUCUUAGUCCUGACGGAGACAAAGACAAGGACCCUCUCAUAAUCAGUUUAUUAGAAGAAGGUCAGAGCAUAGUUCAAGACCUCAAACACCUCAGCCUGUCACCCCAAACAUGCUACAGAGAAAAUGAACCUGUUAUCCUCUACCACAAAGUAGGCCAUGGUACUCUAAACAUGUACGUGCUCUCUCCAGACAAGCAUUCCAGAGAAGUACGCGAGUUCCUCCAAAAAUGGAAUCAGAGUGAUCCAAAAUUAUUUGCCAGUAGUCGAAGUGGAAAAGAAUUUAGUUUUCCUCUACAGAAUUUAGUUUCUAUUUGUGCUUUACUAGUCUGGCAACCAGCAAAUCCUAACGAUACAAUUACCAGAAUUUUGUACCCUGGUAGCACUCCUCAAAGGAAGAUUUUGGAAGGUUUUGAUAAACUCAAAGGAGUUGAGUGCAUCAAGCAUCCAGUUUGUAGUGAGAAAUCUCUGGCUCCGGUCAGAAAAACUAGGCAAGAAAUCAUCGACAGGCCAGCCCCUAAACUGAUAAGUGAAAAGAAAACUGAAAACAAGAUUAUCCAAGAGGACGUGAUAAAGAAUGGAGAGAUCAAUGGAGAUAUUAAGGAAAAGGGUGUGAAAAAAUCGGAUUCUGUGGAGAGUGAUAAGGAUAAGAAGAUUAAAAAGGAGGACGAGUCAAGGAAGAUAGAAGAUGUUGGGAAGAUCGGUGAGAAUGAAGAGAAAAUUAAGCAGAAACCGAAGGGAGUUGGUGAUAGUAAAGCUACGAAAGUGAGGAGUGAAAGUCAGAAACGUAAACCAGUCCAAGACAAAAAGGGUCCAACUACGCCAAAGAAAACAGCCGAAAACAAAACAAACGGCGACAUUAAGGACAAAGACAAAAAACCACCCAGCAAGCCGUCCCCAAGCGCUACUCCAGCAAAAAGUACCAAAGAUGCCAACAACCGCAAGGUCAUUGAAAGUAAACGGGCACCAUCCAAGAAGGAACCAGUUCCUAAACCCGCUCCAACAUCCGAACCGAAGCCUAAGCCUGAGAGAAAGCCUAUUUCUAGAAGACCUAAGACAGCCAAGGGACCACCUAGCCCUAUUAAAAAGAUGACUAACGGAGUACAAAAGCCCGAUUCAAUCUCCAAAAGAGGCAAACUUGAUAAAGAAGGCACAACUGAUUCCAGCACUGUCAGCACACCUUCAGCAGAUCAGGAAAGCAUUUUGAAGAAAGACAUAUCCAAACUAACACCGGAAGAAAUCCAGCAACUCAAGCAACGUGAGUUGGAAGAGCUUAAAGAAGAACAAGAAGCUAUCAAGGAAAUCGAGGCUGUAUUCCGCAAAGGUGAAGGGACUGUAGAAAAAACUACAGAUCCAGAUGCAAGAAAAAUUAAAGAUAUUUCCAUCGAUGAUAAGCUGGAAGUCGAAGAAUACCUUAUUAUAGAAAAGGAAGAAGUCGAACAUGACUCUUUAGACCAAGAAGCAAAAGAGGACGAAAUGCAGAAACUAACUAGAGACAGCGAAGAAUCGGAGAAACAACGUAAACUUAGCGCAGAAGAAAAAGAAAUUGAAGCUGCCAAAGAACAACACAAAGCACCGUCUCCUAAAGUCGUAGCACCCGAACCCGAAGAAAAGAAGAUUCCUAUAUCUUCUCCGGAAGAUAAAGCAGCAGACAAAAAAGAAAUAGCCGAAGAAGAAGUUAAAGAUGUUGUAGAGUCGCAUCCAGAAGAAAAAAUAUCUGCUACCAUCGAAUCUGGUGCUACUACUACAGCUCCAACUCUCCCUGAAGAUGAGCGUAUUACUCUGGAUGAAAUAAAGGAAGAUAACGGGCAAGUUAUCGAAGAGAAGCAUGUUAAAGAGGAAACAAAAGAGAAAGAAAUACCUGUGAUUCAAUUACCGCCAAAGAGCUUACAGGACAGUCAAUCUAAAAUGCCUCCGAUUGUAGGAAUACCUAUCGAUAAACAAAAACAUAUAAGAGAUAUCGUAAAAACUCCUGAUGAAGUAGCGGACUUACCUGUGCAUGAAGAAGCCGAUUAUCAUGACUUCCACGCCGACGAGAAGAAAUCUAAUGAUGCUUACACCAGCAAAGAGCAAAGUAAAGACGUUAAGAAGCCAGAAGAAAAAGAUAAAGACGAAACAGGCAAAGCUUUAGAAAAAACUGAAGUAAAAGUAGAAAUAGACGUUAAAAAAGAAAGCUCCAAAGAUAACGAAACAGAAACCAAAGAUUUGGCCAGUUCGGUGACUGGAGAUGCAGAUUUAAAAGAAGAGACUGAAAAAAUCUCCGUCCUAGAAAAAGCUGAACUUGAGACCAAAGAAAAACCAGUUACUGAUGCUGAAAACUUUUUACUUAAAGAGAAACUUAGUGAAACUGUCGAUGACGAAUGGGUUGUUGUAACUAAAGAAGAAGAGGACGAGGUUCUCGAAGCAAUUGAAGAUAAAAAAGAAGACUUAAAAGACGCCUUAAAGGAUGAAAAAAUCGCUGAGGCAAUUACAGAGUACGAACUUAAUAAAAAGGAAGAACUUGAAGAAGCGUUGAAAGAUAAAGUAGUGUCAGAAUUUAUUACUAAAGAUUUAGAACGAGAAAUUAAAUCGAAAGAUUUAGACAAAGAGAUUAGUAAAGAAUUAAUUGAAAAUGAGAAAUUAAAAUACGAAUCAUCUCACAAAGAUACGGAUUCUGAAUGUGAAGUCGAAAACGGUUAUGAGUUUGAUAAGGUAGAUGAAGCUCUCCAAGAAAUUGAACAUGAAAAAGUUGACAUUAAGCACCUCAUAGAUGAAGCAGACAAAAAAGCUAUGGAAGAAGAGGCUAAAAAAGGAAUUGAUAAAGAAGAUAAUAAGAAAGAAACUGUACAAGAAGCACCUGAUGUAACGUCCAAAAUCUCUUCCUUAAAGGAAUCCCACGAAGAUGUUAAGGAUAUAGACAACAAACUUCAAGAGCUUAAAAAGAGCACGGCAGUAGCUGCGGAAGAACCAAAAGUACCAGUAACAAAACCUGAUGAUAUUAAAACAGAGAAAUCCGACCAUGUACUUAAGGAAAACUUAGAUAAAAUAGCUGAAGUAACUGAUAAGCUUGAAGAUCUUAAACAUACAGUUGAAGAUACGUUACUUAAAAAGGAAGAAAUUCAUAUUGAAAAGUCUGUUAAGGCUCCUGAACAUGCGGAAGAGGUAGUUUUGUCCGAUUCAUCACCGGAAGAUGAACAAAUUAAGAUAUUAAGAGAACUAGAUAUCGAUAAAUCUGAGUUAGGACGAAAAUCACCAGCUGAAAGAGAGGAAGACGUGAAAAAAAUUGUCGUCAGUGUUGCAGAAGUUCUUAAAUCCGAAGCACCUCUAGAAGAAUUGCAAGGAAAACUAGCGUUUACGCAAGAACUUCGAGAAACUCAUAUUACUACGCAAGACUCGCCCAUUGUCGAAAGAGAAAUCGUUGGUAUAGACGAAAUCCCACCCAUUCCUGAAGAACCUGCUGUAAUAGAAGAAGAAAUCAAGGAAAUUGUUGAGAAAGACAAGAAAAAAGAUCUUUUGUCUGAUGCUCGGGAAUUAAUCGAGGAGUCUUCGAGAAUGAUUUCUGAUAUAAAAAGCCAAACCGAGGAAACAGUAGAUGUAAAAGAGGAUAAAGGUGAUGGAACCGUACAUCGCAUGCUUGUCACAGCUUCAAGUGAAGACGGUGGUGAGGAAAUUGAAAUUUGUCCACCUGGAACAAUCACUUUUUCAAGAAGUUCAGAAAGUUCAGGCAGGUCUUCUCCUGAACCAUCCCAGAAGACUCAAUCUCAAAAGUCCUCUAUAGUAGAAACGUCUGAAACGUGUUCGACAAUUAAACAAGUUACCGAGAAACAAGUAGAGAAAAAAGAUUCGGAGAAGGAUGAAGUUGUACCUGAGCAUCAUCACGGGUUCUUUGAAUCCAUCAAAGAUACGUUUGAGAGUGUUAAGGAUGCCGUAUUGGGUACAGGCGAAGAAGUAACUGAAGAGUCUACAAAAACAGCAACUGAUAAGGAUGAUAAGAAACCAGAUGUUGAACAUGUUAAAGAAAAAAUUUCUUCUACGAUAGAGCUAGUUGAUAAAGAAGAUAAGAAACCAGUUAUUGAAGAGAAGCAUGGUAUUUUUGAGUCUCUCAGUGAAUUUGGACACAAGAUUGAAGAAGGUCUGGAAAAAUACAUCACAGAAAUUAAAGAUGAAGUGAGUGAAGAAUUUCAUCACAUUGUUGACAAACCAAAAGAUACUAUUAAAAAAACUGAAGAAGUUAAGGAAAAAGUAAUAGAAGAAACUGUCGGUGUCAAAGAUACUGUGGAGAAAACUGUACAACAGGCCGUGGAUACAGCCAAAGUUGCUUUGCCAAAGUCAGAAGAUAUUAGUAAAGAUUCUGAGACCAAGGGCUCUAUAUCUAAAAGUGUAAAUGUUGCCAUAGAUAAAAUUGAAGAUGUUAAGAAGCAUGUUGAAGAGAAACUGAGUGACAUUAAAGAGGACAUUGAUAAAGAUCUUCACACUAAUUUAUUCGAAGAAAGUAAAAAAGAUAUAAAACAAGAAGCUACCAGUAAAGUUGACGAUGCGAAGAAAACUGUAUCUGAGAAUUUAGAUGCAGUGAUCGACAAAUCUAAAGAAACUGAAAAAGAUUUUGAACAAAAAGUUUGUGAUAUUAAAGAAAAAGUAGUUGAUGCACCUAGUAACUUGUCAGAUGAAUUAAAAGAAGCCAUGUCUGAAAUAAAAGAAGAUGUCUCCAAAAUUUCUGAACCUGUUUUGGACAAAACUAAAGAAGUUAUCACUGAAAGCAAAGAAAAAGUUAGUCAUAAAGCUGAAGCAAUCUUGUCCCAAGCGAAGGAUAUAGAAGAAAAAGUAUUAGAGAAAGUAGUUCCCAGUUUGGAGCAGAAAGCAAGCGAUGUUCUAACUGAAUCUAAGAAUAUCUUCCAAGAGAUAAAAGAUCAAUCUUCUGAAUUCAAAGACGGGAUUGCCAAAGAAGUUCACACUGUUUUAGAUAAGUCUAAAGAUGUUCUUAAGGCCAGUGAAGACAAAAUUGAAUCAGGUGGACACAAAAUUGUUGAUGAUAUAAAGAAAGAAGUUAAUGAACUAGUAGAACAAUCCAAAACCAAAGCUGUUGACAUUAAAGAAGAAAUUUCUAAAGAUAUUAACGUUUCUCUAGAGAAAUCUAAAGAUUUUGUUAAAGAUGCUGAGGAGUUCGUUGUCCAAAAGAGUGGAGAUAUAUUAUCUAAAACUGAAGGAAUAAAAGAUUCUCUAGGCGACACUGCGUCGAAGCUUGCUACCGAUAUUGAUAAAAAAGCAACUGAAGAAAAAAAGGUAAUAGAACAAACAAUUGACGAUGUUAAGAAUACAUUUUCUGAAAAACAACACGAUGUUUUAAAAGAUGUAGAAACAAAGAUUUCUGAAGAAAAAGAAAAACUAAAAGAAGUUUCAACUGAUCUUUCAAGCGACGUCAAAGAAAUUAAAGAAAAAGUAGGUGAAAAAAUCGAUGGCAUUAUUGAGUCUGCUAAAGAAACUAUAUCGUCAAACAUUGAACAUCUGGAAGGGAAACUUCAAGAUGUACUAUCAAAAACCGACGAAACUACAAAAGAAGAUAUUUCUAAAUUAGAAAAGAAGAUCGAAAAAGAAUCUGAAGAAACAUUAGAAGACAUUAAAGUGCUCUCUGGUCAAAUUCAAGAUGGAAAGCUAGACGGAGACCUUAAACCAAUUUUGAACGAGACUCAUAAAUUACAGGAAGAGUUCAAAGAAUUGGAAGAUGUUAUUGAGAAAAAAAUUAAAACCGUAGAUGAGGUAGAAAAAGGUAAAUCAGAAGAUGGAGUUACUAAACAACAAGAACAUGAACUUAAUGUUGUAGAGCAGGCUGAAGAGUUCAUAGAAAAAUCCGAGAAAGCUUUAGGUUCAAUAUUUACCGCUAUUGGAGAUGCGGCUAAGUCAGUAUUACACGAUAUACUGCCUGAAGAUGAAAGCACUAAAAACGAAAAACCUGCUGACUUAACUAAUGGUUUCAAAGAGACGGACAGUGCUAGUAUUGCACAAGAGAUUGCGGAAAUAGAUGGUAUUGAUCAUAAAUUCGAUAAACAUAUUAGCCAGACUUUGGAGUCCAAAACAAUCCAUGAUCUUGACCAUCAGCUAACAAAAGAUAUAACUGCCAAAAAUGGAGAAGUAAAAAUAGAUGAAAAAGCAACUAAAAUAAGUAAUGGUGUGGAAGAUCUAAUAAAAUCACAUGAAGACACGCCUGCUAAUAAAUCUAAACUACUUGAUGAAUUUAAAAUAGAAAAGGAAAUUAAAGAUGAAGCAAAAUUAGUAAGUCAGCAUGUUGAAGAAAUAGGAAUAAGUGUUGAAGGUCUUGCUAAAUCAAGUGACGGUAAAGGUUUUGAUAUACCCAAACCAUUUGAAGAGCUUAAAGUGGACAAAGAAAUCAUUAAAGACGAAGAAAGACAAAUUGAACAGGAGGUACACCACAUAGCAAAAGAUUUAGAAGAAUUUAAAGUAGAUAAGAAUAUUAUUAAAGACGAAGAAAGGCACAUAGAUCAACAAGUAGAUCAUGUCAGAAAAAGUAUUGAAGAUCUAUCUAAACUGGCUAACGAGGUAUCAUUUGAUAAAUGCAUACCAUCAGAAGAUUUUAAAGUGGAUAAAGAAAUUAUUAAAGAAGAAGAGAGGGCAAUAGAUCAGCAGGUAGACCAUAUAAGAAGAAGCAUAGAAGAUUUGUCUAAAAUAUCUGAAGAAGUAUCUUUUGAUAAAUGUAAGCUAUCUGAAGAUUUCAAACUGGACGAAGAGAUUAUUAAGAAAGAAGAACAGCAGAUAGAUCAACAGGUGGACCAUAUAAGAAAAAGCAUUGAAGAUUUAUCCAAACUGUCGGAAGAAGCUUCCUUCGAAAAAUGUAAAUCACCUGAUGACUUUAAAGUAGACAAGGAAGUUAUCAAAAAGGAAGAGAAACAAAUAGAAGAACAAGUGGAUCAUCUCAGGAAGAGCUUUGAAGAUCUAACUAAAUUAUCUGAUGAUGUUUUGUUUGACAAGUGUAAACCUGUUGAAGAUUAUCACGUUGAUAACAAAAUUCUUAAAAAAGAGGAGAAACAAAUAGAAGCGGAAGUAGAACAUAUGGGAAAAAGUUUAGAAGACCUUAAACAGUUGUCGAAAGAAGUACCAUUUGAGAAAUGUCAAUCUUUGGAUGCAUUUGAGGUUGACAAAAAGGUUAUCGAAGAAGAGCAACGCAAGAUUGACGAACAGACAGAGAAGUUAGGAAAAAGUACAGAAGAUUUGACUAAAAUAGCUGAUGAAGUUACCUUUGGCAAAUACGAACAUAUUGAAGAAUUUAAAGUAGACAAAGAAAUUGUAAAGCAAGAAGAGAAACAGAUAGAACAACAAGUUGAAAAAAUAGAACAAGAAGUCGAGGAUCUUAAAAAGUUAUCUCAUGAAGUUUCAUUUGACAAAUGCAAGGCUCCAGAAGAUUUUAAGGUAGACAAAGAAGUUUUACAGAAAGAAGAGAAGCAAAUAGAACAACAAGUUGAGAAGGUAGAAAAAGAAGUUGAAGAUCUCAAGAAAUUAUCUCAUGAUAUUCCGUUCGACAAAUGCAAACCUCCGGAAGAUUUUAAAGUAGACAAAGAAGUUUUACAGAAAGAAGAAAAACAAAUAGAACAACAAGUUGAGAAGGUUGGAAAAGAAGUUGAAGAUCUCCAUAAAUUAUCUCAUGAUAUUUCUUUCGACAAAUGCAAACCUUCAGAAGAUUUUAAAUUAGAGAAAGAAGUUUUACAGAAAGAAGAAAAACAGAUAGAACAACAAGUUGAGAAGGUAGAAAAAGAAGUUGAAGAUCUCAAGAAAUUAUCUCACGAUAUUUCUUUCGACAAAUGCAAACCUCCGGAAGAUUUUAAAGUAGAGAAAGAAGUAUUACAGAAAGAAGAGAAGCAAAUAGAACAACAAGUUGAGAAGGUUGAAAAAGAAGUUGAAGAUCUCAAGAAAUUAUCUCAUGAUAUUUCUUUCGACAAAUGCAAACCUCCAGAAGAUUUUACAGUAGAGAAAGAAGUAUUACAGAAAGAAGAGAAGCAAAUAGAACAACAAGUUGAGAAGGUUGAAAAAGAAAUUGAAGAUCUCAAGAAAUUAUCUCAUGAUAUUUCUUUCAACAAAUGCAAACCUCCAGAAGAUUUUAAAGUAGAGAAAGAAGUUUUACAGAAAGAAGAGAAGCUAAUAGAACAACAAGUUGAGAAGGUUGAAAAAGAAGUUGAAGAUCUCCAGAAAUUAUCUCAUGAUAUUUCUUUCGACAAAUGUAAACCUCCUGAAGAUUUUAAAGUAGACAAAGAAGUUUUACAGAAAGAAGAGAAACAAAUAGAACAACAAGUUGAGAAGGUAGAAAAAGAAGUUGAAGAUCUCAAGAAAUUAUCUCAUGAUAUUUCUUUUGACAAAUGCAAACCUCCAGAAGAUUUUAAAGUAGACAAAGAAGUCUUACAGAAAGAAGAGAAGCAAAUAGAACAACAAGUUGAGAAGGUAGAAAAAGAAGUUGAAGAUCUCAAGAAAUUAUCUCAUGAUAUUUCCUUCGAUAAAUGCAAGCGUCCUGAAGAUUUCAAAGUUGAUAAGGACAUAGUUAAAGAAGAAGAGAAGCAAAUUGAAGAACGUGUGGCUCAUGUCCAGCAAAGUUUUAACGAGAUGUCUGAUUUAGCUAAAAGUAUAUCUUUCGAUACUUGCCACAUAGCGAAGGAUGAAGUAAUUGACUCGAACAAAUUAUCUGAAUCUGUGGCUAUACCUAAGGAAAAGGAUACCGAUGAAAAGGAGAAGAAAGAUGUAGAAAAAGAAGUUGUAGAAGACACAAAAGAUGGUGAAAUUAUCUCGGAUAAAUUCGAUGGAUCUAUUUAUCUAGAGACUAGUGAGCACGUAACUACCAAAGACAAAAUAGAAACAAAGGAAAAAGAUGUGAUAGCUAAAAGUGAUGAAAAACCUAGUUUUAAGAGCGACGUAGUAUUAGAAGAAACAGUUAUUUCUAGUCAACCAGACAAGAGUGAGAAGGAAAGCAUGGAGAAGUUACCGAAAGACACUCUGAGUCUAGCGAUAGCUCCUGAAGCAAAGAAACUAUCAAUAUCCGACGUCGAGAUCAGUAUUAAGACUGAAACUGAAGCUCCCUCUCACAGAGAUGCUAUCGAAACGUUCCUAGAUAACGAAAGAGGCGAUUAUCGUGAUAUUUGUGAUGCCAAAGUUUAUGUUGAACCUGCAGAAGAGUCUUCAAAGGCAACAACAAGCACUCCUGUGUCGAAAACACCUCAAGAGCUGUCAGGAAAGACCACUCCUCCCACUGUACCGGUGAGUCCGAUUUCUAGAGACGCUAAAUCGCCGUCUUCGAAGUUGGACAGUGGUCUGAGUGAGCAGACUGAGACUGACGAUGAUGAUUUGAGUACGAAGUCUCAGGUGGCGCACUCUCAGUCAGAUUUAGACGAGCUGGACAUGAAGAUGGACCCGAUGAGUAUGUCGUUUUAUGGUAGUUUACCGGAGGUGGUUCAAGAAACAGUACCGGCCACGCAUUUGUACGAGAUUACACAAGCUAGAUAUAGGAGCGCCGUGGUGGGUUUUGGAGAAGAGGAGAUAAAGACUGAAGAGGUUGACAUGAUGACUGCUAGUUUUAUAGGCGGUCUUCCAGGACAAUCUACCGUUCAAACUCACCACCACGAGCUCGAACACGCCUCACCCAGCCACUUGUACGAGCUCACCAAGGCCAAAUACUCCAAACAACUCCUCAAUGACGAUUCAGAAGACGACGAAGUCAUCACUUCCAGUUUUGUCACUGGUGCCCAGCAAAAACCCGACCCCAUGACAGCCAGUGUCUAUUUUGAUGAUGAUUCAGACCCGAUAGCAUCCUGGGGCAAACCAUUGGGACUCCCCAGUCCAGCUCCCCCAAAUAAUAACGAAAAGGGGACACCUAAGAAGGAGAAAAAGCUUCCUGCUUACGUCACAGCUAAGAAUAAGCUGAACGAUGAUAAAAAGAGAGCUGAAUCUCCCUCAAAAAUGAGGUUAAAGAAAGUGACUCCUGUUUAUGUGGAUUUGACAUAUGUUCCUCAUCAUGGAAACCAUUAUUAUUCUUAUGUGGAGUUCUUCAGGAAGGUUAGGGCAAGGUAUUACGUGUUUUCUGGGCUGGAGCCGAGUAGACAGGUGUACGAUGCUUUACUUGAAGCUAAACAAACUUGGGAGGAUAAAGAUUUAGAAGUAACUAUCAUUCCAACUUACGACACCGACAUUCUGGGCUACUGGAUAGCAGAAAACGAAGAACUCCUUUCCAGAUUCAAGAUUGACCUAUCUCCAUCAGCCAGUCGUUGCACCAUCAACCUCCAAGACCACGAAACUUCUUGCUCCGCAUACCGUCUGGAGUUUUAAAGGAAAAAAAAUCACCAAAAAUCUUAUUUACUCAAAAAUAACAAUCUUUCUGUACGCUAGAUAUGUCCAUUAUACAAAAAAAGUCCGAUAAUAACUUACAAAAAACUUCCCUUAUGUUUACCUCCACGACACUUUAUAUCACACAUACUAUUCUAUAUAUCAUCUUAGGAAUCAGACUUUAAAAAAUAUUGAGAAUAACACUUUAUUAAAAAAACUAAACCUAAAAUAAAUCUAGAAAACUAAAAACUAGUCAAAAAAACUUUAAAAACCUUUCUAAUAUAGACUGUUUUAUUUUUAAUGUUAAGCCGCUGGUUGAUAUUAUUAGGAGCUUGAUAUAACUACUAUUGCCAUCUAUCGGAAAAAUGUAAAAAUAGUUUAUUCAAGCUUCUUCGUGGCGCUCAGAGAUGGCACUGUCGUCAACGAGUGACGUUGAAUUUUUGCAAAGUUUAUUAUAGCCAAUUUCGAUCGAACAACCGUUGGUUAUGGUAUGGUUGACAGAUAAACAAUGUUUUAAACGUCAAUUGUCUACCAAUUGGUUGACAACUGACGUUUAAAGCAUUGUUUAUCUGUCAACCAUAACCAACGGUUGUUCGCACGGCAUUGGCUUAUGUCAUAAUGGCGUUAAACGUCAAGUUAACUUUAAAGAUAAAUAAUUAAAUAAAAGUUUACGUUUUAAACGAAUGAGAAAUGUGUUUAGCGAAGAAAUAAAUAGAAUUGUAAAGAGCUCACCCUCUAAUCCUAAAAAAUGAAUCAUUAAAUGUUAAAAAUAUAACUAAAUAUUGAGAGAUAUGAAUUUGUCUAAUAACAAUACAAGUGAAUAUUACGUAUAUGUAUAUGUUAGAUAUUAUAGGUUUUAAAAUAUAAAAUAUAGUGUUUUAUAACAGGAAUUGUAGCAA